AUGUCUCAGCCGUACGAGAUCCGUAACAACGACACCGGCAGAAGCAAGAAGCAGAGCAUGGCCGAAUUGAAGCUGCGCCGUCUCAAUGAGCUCAACCAGAGACUGCAAGAGGACCUAAACCGCAGAAGAAUCCCGGUUUCCGAGGCUUCUAUGGACCUUAUCGCUUUCACCGACAAGGAGCCCAAGGACUUCAUGGUUCCUAGCCGCUGGGGCACUCGCGACGACCCCUACGCCCCUCAACAAUCCGGCGGAUGCUGCAUCAUCAUGUAA